AAAUAUUAGAGAAAAAGAAAAAAAGAAAAAGUUCACGAAAGAAUACAGGUUGAUUUUUGCCUCUUUCGUCCACUUGACGGAUUCGUGAAAAAAACAUGCUUUAUAUUUCGUUGGCUUAAGCCACUGAUCUUUUUUUUCCACUUCUGUUCUUCUUCUUUCACGAAAGCUCCGAAAUUUGUUCGUAUUUCUCCAAUCAUUUUCCUUUCUGAAAUCAUAGAAUUCGAUAUUAUCUGUAUUCUUCGAGUGAAGUUGAAAAAUCAAUAGCCCAUCGUUUGCAUUGGAAAAACUUUAAUAUAAAUCAGAUUAUUUGGGUUGGUAAUUUCUUCAGAGAUGGGCACAUCGGAAGCAGCCCUGCAAAUCUUUUCAGGGGUUGUACCUCGGGCUGUAUGUUCAACCCCAUAUUCGAGCAAUUUCGACUCAACAUUUUCUUUUAUAUCGCAAGUAAAGUUUGUGAAGAAGAAGGGGGUCUUGAGCAAUAGGAAUUUGUCAAAAUGCUCAAGUAGGCUAUUACAGGGGAUAAGAACAAGCUUUAGUGGGAAAACGAAAUGUAACCGUCGUCCGUUAUACCGUUGCAGAUGCCAACAAGCACAAAGCACAAGUGGUAUGACUCCAGAAGGUGGAAAUGGAACAUGGUUUGUGGACGGUGCAGAGACAUCGAGUCCAAUCAACAAUAGACCAAAUGGAUCAAGUGCUUUGGAGUUUCAAGAUGUUCAGUUUGCAAAACAGGAGAUUAAGAGUUCAAUUUCUAAUGGCACAAAUGGAGCGGUUAGAGAUCCUUUUCAUAAGAUUAGUAUUGAGUCGAUUGAGGAUGAGGCGUGGGACUUGCUUCGGGAAUCCAUUGUUUAUUACUGUAACAGUCCAAUUGGAACAAUUGCUGCAAGGGACCCUACUAGUUCUAAUUUACUAAAUUAUGAUCAGGUCUUUAUACGUGAUUUCAUACCUUCUGGUAUAGCUUUUUUGUUGAAGGGAGAAUACGAUAUUGUUCGCAAUUUUAUCCUCCACACGCUUCAGUUGCAGAGCUGGGAGAAAACUAUGGACUGUCACAGUCCUGGUCAAGGAUUGAUGCCGGCUAGUUUCAAGGUCCGAACAGUUCCUUUAGAUGGUGAUGACUCAGCAACAGAAGAGGUUUUGGAUCCUGACUUUGGGGAGGCAGCAAUUGGCCGUGUUGCUCCUGUUGACUCAGGAUUAUGGUGGAUAAUUUUAUUGCGUGCAUAUGGAAAAUGCUCUGGUGAUCUCUCAGUUCAGGAGAGAGUUGAUGUCCAAACUGGGAUCAAAAUGAUAUUGAGGCUUUGUCUUGCUGAUGGCUUCGAUAUGUUCCCUACUUUAUUGGUAACUGACGGCUCUUGUAUGAUAGAUCGUCGUAUGGGAAUUCAUGGUCAUCCUCUCGAAAUCCAAGCACUUUUUUAUUCAGCAUUAGUUUGUGCACGUGAGAUGCUUACUCCUGAGGACGGAUCAGCUGAUCUUAUCCGUGCACUUAACAAUCGUCUGGUGGCUCUUUCAUUUCAUAUCAGAGAGUAUUAUUGGGUCGAUUUGCAAAAACUGAAUGAAAUUUAUCGUUACAAGACAGAAGAGUAUUCAUACGAUGCAGUCAACAAAUUCAACAUCUACCCAGAUCAAAUUCCUUCUUGGUUGGUGGAAUGGAUGCCUACUAAAGGAGGUUAUCUGAUUGGAAAUUUGCAACCGGCUCACAUGGAUUUCCGGUUCUUUUCUCUAGGAAAUUUGUGGUCCAUCGUAAGUAGUCUUGCUACAAUAGGCCAAUCCCACGCCAUUUUGGAUCUCAUUGAAUUCAAAUGGGGGGAUUUAGUUGCAGACAUGCCAUUCAAAAUUUGUUACCCUGCUCUUGAAGGUCAGGAAUGGCAAAUCAUCACUGGCAGCGAUCCCAAGAACACGCCAUGGUCAUACCACAAUGCAGGUUCGUGGCCAACAUUGUUGUGGCAGCUCACAGUUGCAUGCAUAAAGAUGAACAGACCAGAAAUUGCAUCAAGAGCCAUUGAGAUUGCCGAGCGACGUCUGUCCAGAGACAAGUGGCCCGAAUAUUACGACACGAGAAAAGGAAGGUUCAUUGGGAAACAAGCACGCCUAUUUCAAACAUGGUCAAUUGCAGGAUACCUCGUGGGCAAGCUCCUGCUUGCCGAACCUAGUAAAGCCAAAAUUUUAAUAACGGAAGAGGAUUCGGAUCUUGUUAAUGCCUUCUCUUGCAUGAUUAGUUCUAGCCCAAAAAGAAAGCGUGGCCAGAAGAACUCAAAUCCGACCUACAUAGUUUAAGUUGUAGCGUAAUUCGAUACUUCAUAUAGGUAGUUGUAGCGUAUUUGUUAUCUACCAUUUGUUGUGUGGCUAAGUCAAGUUUAUAGGAGGCUUAUUCACAUACAUAUAGAUUAAUGUACCUUGUCAACUUGGACUUCAAUAUGGAUUAUGCGAACCAUGAUGUAAAUUUAUCAUUAAUAAAAUAAAUCUUUGUAGGAAA